AGAAACUGGGUGUUUUCACUCUACAUUUUUCUCGUGUUUACUGGAUCUUUUUUCUCAAAUGUUUCUGCAACAAGACCUUCAAAAAUUGUCAGUGGCAUUUUGUCGAAUGCAGUAUCUGCACUUUUCAAAUGGCUGUGGUCUCUUAAACCGACUACUAAAAUUGGCUUCGUUAUUCCUAGCCGUUCGAUGAUGAAAUUUGAAGGUGGGUAUACUGUAGAAACAGUGUUUGAUGGAAGCAAGCUGGGGAUUGAGCCUUACUCUGUGGAGGUAACUCCAUCCGGGGAGCUUCUUGUUUUGGACUCACAAAACAGUAAUAUCCACAAAAUCUCAACUCGCUUUUCUAGAUAUAGACUACCAACGCUUGUGGCUGGAUCAUCUGAAGGUUAUUCAGGGCAUGUGGAUGGGAAGCCCAGAGAAGCCAGGUUGAACCACCCGAAAGGCCUUACCGUGGAUGACCGAGGAAAUAUAUAUGUGGCAGACACCAAGAAUAUGGCUAUCAGGAAGAUCAGUGAUACAGGAGUUGUAACCAUAGCAGGAGGAAAUUGGGUGCGAGGUUCGCAUUACAUUGAUGGUGCAAGUGACAGUGUGAAGUUUUCAAAUGACUUUGAUGUGCAAUAUGUUGCUAGUAGCUGCUCGAUUUUGGUGGUUGAUAGAGGUAAUCAAGCUAUUCGAGAAAUCCAACUUCAUGAUGAUGAUUGCUCUUUUCAUCACUAUGAUGGUAAUCUACAUUUAGGAAUUGCGGUUCUUAGUGCUGCCGUGUUCUGUGGCUUCAUGCUAGCCUUGUUACAACGUCGAAUUAGUGCAAUGUUUUCAUCUCCCCAUGAUCCAAGAUCUCCCUUGCAGCACGUUCAUCCAUCUACAUAUCAAAAGCCGGUUAAAUCAGUGAGGCCACCAUUGAUUCCACCCGAGGCCGAUGAACAAGAGAAAGAAGAAGACAGCUUCUUAGAUUCACUAGGAAAACUUUUUAUCAACACUGGUUCAUCUCUAUUCGAAAUCUUUGGUGGUUUAUUCUCUAGUUCCAAAAAGAAUCCGAUCAACACUCGUCACACAAAUUACCAUCAAUUUCCUCCAUACUUCAACACUUGGCCUAUGCAAGAAACCUUCAUAAUCCCGAAUGCAGAUCCACCCGUUUCCUUAGAAACCCGAAACCCGAAUUCAAGAAAAUCCUACCCCGAAAAACCCCGCCAAUCCAACCAGCCCCGUUAUAUAUACGGUAAACAUAAUGGCAAGCACUUUAACCAACAACAGCAAAUGCAACAGUUACAGCAACAACACCAUCAGAUGCACUACUCGUUAGGAUCUCAGACUUACUAUCAGGAAAAUAACGAGACCACCAAUGAGGUCGUUUUUGGGGCGGUUCAAGAACAGGAUCGAAAUCGUGAAGAUAUGUUGAUAAAGGGUGUUGAUUACAGAAAUCCUAGUUACAGUUUUCAGAAUCUACGAUCCAGGUAUAAUUAUAUGGGUUAUGCAUAUGAUAUGUAUAGAUAACUCAUCGGAAAGGACCGUUCUACUCUUUGGGGUAGAGGUCAGACCUGCAUACAUCUUACCCCCACACCCUACUUUCGGGAGGGAUUUACCGGGUCGGUUUGGUUUGGUUUGGUUUAUGUAUUGAUAGCCAAAAGGUUUGUAGUCUCGAUGUUUUGAUAUGAGAAACAACAUGCAUGAUGAUCAUAGGUUAUUUGUUGUAUUCUAGAAGCUGAAUGUCAUACCGAAAAGCGAAAAGCGAAAACUCUAUAAUCUUUCUGGGUAUGUCUUUAAAGAGAAAUCUAUGUAUUUUCCAUUAUCUUUGGGAUAAUCUUUUCAUAUAAAUACAUGAUUACAAAGAAUGUUUGAAGUAAUUGAAAAAAAAAAUUUAGAGAGAAUUCAAAGGGUUUGUACCCAUUCUAACAUGGUGUCAAACCCAAGGUCUAGCACCAGCUAGGACUCAACACACUCUUUCACCUCCGUUUAAGGGGCGUGUUGAAGGACCAUCAAACCCAUAUAUAUAUACAUAUACAUAUAUGUGUAGGAACUUCUCCCUCUUUAUAAGGGAUAUUUUAGAGAGAAUUCAAAGGGAUAGUCUAAUUAUGUGCUCCGUUGAUAGCAGAGUGUCCUUCCCCGGGACUUGGUCCAGAGUUCUUGAUCCCGCGAAGCUCAAGAACUUGUUCAAAAUGCCGUUGCAUAACCUUCCCUCCUUUUUCCACAACCUCCCCCAUAUGGUGGUGUUCAUUCUUGGGUACUUUUAGCUUUCGUGCUUGAAUCGCGGUGAACAAAGGGCUGAGACUCAAAAACAGAACCAGAAAUAACAAAACGUAAUUUGGUUUUCUCAUCAUGGCUGUAGAAUGCUAGAAUCUAGCUACUUUAUUCUGGAUAAACUCCUAUAUUUCUGAAGAACUAAAGGGCCUUUUAGGUAUUUAAACUGGAAAAGAUCUGAGGGUAUUUAUGGAAUACUAGAAUCUAGUUGCUUGAUACCAGAACAAGUCUUGGGUUUCUAAAGAACCAAAGAGCUUUUUAGGUGUUGAAGCUGGUAAAUAUAUGAGGGUAUUUAUGG